AGAAAAAGACAUUCUGGUGUCUACAGACACUACUUUAUUUUAUUGAAGAUGUCUAACAGUAACACUACUCAAGAGACCCUGGAAAUAAUGAAAGAAUCAGAAAAAAAGCUGGUAGAAGAGUCUGUGAGCAAAAAUAAGUUUGUAUCCAAGGCAUCGAGUAAAGAAGACAUUGAAAAGGAAGGUGAGGAGGAUGCUAGUGUUCGGCAGGAGACACAGAGGCGGGCUUCCAACCAUGGACAUGCCAGAAAAAGAGCCAAGUCUAACUCUAAAUUGAAGCUAGUGCGGAGCCUGGCAGUCUGUGAAGAAUCCUCUGCCCCUUUUAUUGAUGGAUCACUGGAAACCCAGGAUAUAAUUCAGUUGCAUAUCAGUUGCCCCUCUGACAAAGAGGAAGAGAAGUCCAUGAAAGAUGGCUCUGAAAAGGAAGACAAAGACAAAAAUAAAGAAAAGGUUCCGAGGAAAAUGCUGUCUAGAGACUCCAGUCAAGAAUAUACAGACUCUACUGGAAUAGACCUACAUGAAUUUCUAGUAAAUACACUGAAAAAAAACCCAAGGGACAGAAUGAUGCUGCUAAAAUUAGAACAAGAGAUUCUGGAAUUUAUUAAUGACAACAAUAACCAGUUCAAGAAAUUUCCUCAGAUGACCUCAUAUCACCGGAUGCUAUUACACCGGGUUGCUGCCUAUUUUGGAAUGGACCAUAAUGUUGACCAGACUGGAAAAGCUGUCAUCAUCAACAAAACCAGUAAUACAAGGAUCCCUGAACAGAGGUUCUCAGAGCAUAUCAAAGAUGAGAAGAAUGUAGAAUUUCAGCAGAGGUUCAUCCUGAAGAGAGAUGACACCAGCAUGGACCGGGAUGAAAACCAGAUCAGAGUUCCAUUACAGGAUGGAAGGAGGAGCAAGUCAAUAGAAGAGAGAGAGGAGGAAUAUCAAAGGGUUCGAGAGAGAAUAUUUGCCCGAGAGACUGGCCAGAACGGAUAUCUAAAUGACAUCAGACUCUCCAAAGAAGCCUUUUCUUCUAGCUCUCACAAAAGAAGGCAGAUUUUUAGGGGGAACCGUGAGGGCCUGAGCCGGACCUCAAGCAGCCGCCAGAGCAGCACAGACAGCGAGAUCAAAUCCCUGGAGCCCCGGCCCUGGAGCAGCACAGACUCGGAUGGCUCUGUCCGAAGCAUGCGGCCACCUGUUACCAAAGCCAGCAGCUUCAGUGGGAUCUCCAUCCUCACCCGGGGCGACAGCAUUGGGAGCAAUAAAGGAGGCAGCGCGGGAAGAAUCUCCAGGCCAGGUCUUGCCCUAGGUGCCCCUGAAGUGUGUGGCCAGGUCACCUCAUCCCAGCCCGUGCGGGGCCUCCUCCCUUGCGCUCCCCAGCAACAGCAGCAGCAGCCGCCACCGCAGCAUCCGGCACUCCCGCCCGCACCCCAGCAGCAGCCACCCUUGAGCAAUCACAUGAUCUCCCAGCCAGUCUCAGCUCUGCAGCCCUCUGCGCAGCCUGUUCAGUACUCUCCAAGCUCCUGUCCCCAGGUCCUUCUGCCAGUCUCUCCGCCCCAGCAGUACAAUAUGACGGAUGAUCUCAGCAACCCCUUUGGGCAGAUGAGCCUUAGCCGACAAGGUUCCGCCGAGGCGGCCGAUCCAUCUUCCGCCCUGUUCCAGUCCCCCCUCCUCUCCCAACACCCUCAACAGCCUGGCUUCAUCAUGGCCUCCACGGGCCAGCCUCUCCCCACCUCCAACUACUCCACCUCCAGCCACGCUCCCCCAAGCCAACAAGUCCUGCAGCCUCAGGGCUACAUGCAGCCCCCACAACAGAUACAGGUUUCUUACUACCCUCCUGGGCAGUACCCCAACUCCAACCAGCAAUACCGACCUCUUUCUCACCCGGUGGCCUACAGCCCCCAGCGUGGUCAACAGCUGCCUCAGCCAUCCCAGCAGCCUGGGUUACAGCCCAUAAUGUCCAACCAGCAGCAGGCAGCUUACCAGGGCUUGAUGGGGAUCCAGCAGCCACAGAACCAAGGCCUUCUCAGCAACCAGAGGAACAGCAUGGGGGGCCAGAUGCAAGGCCUUGUGGUCCAGUAUACGCCGCUGUCUUCAUACCAAGUUCCAGUGGGAAAUGAGUCCCAGAAUGUUGUCCAGCAGCCCUUUCAGCAGCCUGUGCUGGUCCCUGCCAGCCAGUCAGUCCAGGGGGGCUUACCGGCAGGGAGUGUGCCAGUGUACUACAGUGUGAUCCCACCAGCUCAGCAGAACGGCACAAGGUGGCUGAACCUUCUGCGUCAGGGUCCUGACGGGGCAGUUCUUCGCCUACAGUUCCAUCCGUCUGAAGUGUUCCUAAAGGCACAAAGUUCCACACUCAGAAUACUCGAAGCACUGGGGGAGGUGGAGCUGAAGGCUGCCGUAGCCCCGGGCUUCCAGGGGAAUGCCAAACGUAAGUUGCCUUUUCCUGCUGGUUACCAGUGUGGCUGUGUGGGCUCCCAUACCCCUUAG